ACACAACUCUCGCGGGACGCUUCCGGUGAAGAAACAUGGCGGCGGCCGUUGAGGAUUCACGUGUGAGUGCGGGGAAAAAGCUGAAAAAUUCACUGAAAAAGAAGAAGAAAAUGAAAAUGGUAGCCAGGGCUGUAGCACCGGAGCUGGACGAUAAGGACAAAGACGCUUCGGAUAAUGGAGGUUCUAUAGAAAGCUGUGGAUCGGAAAAGGAUCACUUUUCUUCUGGUGAUGAAGCAGUAGAAGCUGACAAUGAAGAUGAAGUUGACCCCUGUGACAAUAACAGUGAAAAUGCUGCAGAAGCUGGUGUUGGAACUAAUGUGGGCUGGGCAGAUGCCAUGGCUAAAAUCCUGAACAAGAAAACUCCUCAAAGUAAACCCACCAUUCUGGUCAAAAACAAAGAGCUGGAAAAGGAAAAAGAAAAGUUAAAGCAAGAGAGACUGGAGAAGAGAAAACAGCUUGAUAAGAAGCGGGAAUGGGAAAUGAUGUGCAGAGUAAAGCCAGAUGUUGUCAAAGACAAAGAAACAGAGAGAAAUCUCCAGAGGAUUGCAACGAGGGGUGUGGUGCAGUUAUUCAACGCUGUUCAGAAGCAUCAGAAGAACGUUGAUGAAAAGGUUAAAGAAGCUGGAGGCUCUAUUAGAAAGCGUGCUAAGUUAAUAUCAACUGUUUCCAAGAAAGAUUUCAUCAGUGUCCUGAGAGGGAUGGAUGGAAGUACAAAUGAGAAAAGUUCAACUGGAAAGAACUCAAAAGCCAAACAGACUGAAGCAAAAUCAGAAGAGAGCCCAGGAUGGACUAUCCUACGUGACGAUUUCAUGAUGGGAGCGUCCAUGAAAGACUGGGACAAAGAAAGCGAUGGACCAGAUGACAGCAGGCCAGGAUCUGAAAGUGAUUCUGACACAUAAAGCUGUAUAAGAAGCACAGUUUGCAGUCAUUUUAUUUUUCUUAGAAAAACACUUCAUGCUCCAAAAGUUGGGGGAUUACAAAGAUACCAUUUGUAGGAAAGCCGAAAGACUUUCACUAUUGCCAACUUUGGUGUUUUCCUUUUUCUUGUAAACUUUGUUAAGCAUAUAUUUCAAACCUUGUAUAAUUUUAAGCAUUGUUCCUCAGAACAUUUGUAAAAAGAAGUGUUUCUACUUGAGAUAUACAUUUUUUCAGGUUCGUUUUGGUUUACAUAUUGGCCAUGGAUACUGGUGUUUUAUUUCACUAUCACCGAUGUUUAUGGCAGUGCAAUACCAAUUCAUAAUUAAAAUGAACUCCUUGAAGUUAAUAUUUUUCAGCCU